AUGUCUGCCAAGAGCGAUCUGACCCAGGUUUCUACGCCCAAAGAGCUCAACGACGAGCAAUGUGCCGCCGUUCUCACCCGUCUCUCCCGCCACCUCGCUCGAUUUCGCAACACUGCCCUGCUAUAUGCCGUAGCAGAGGCAGCGUAUGCCCGGAGCGCCGGCUCUGACCGCUUGAAGAAAGAUUUCAUCGAUUCGCUGGACACAUGGGCUCGGGAAAUGAGCAGCAAGUUAUGGAUAGCGUGUCGUGAGCCCGGAGGGCAACCUCCUCAUAUUGAUGAGCUUUCUGACACGUCUACAAAAGGCCUUCCCCCUCUUCCCGGAGACGAACACCUCAUACCUCUACUGAACGCCGUCGUACUCCUCCAAGUUACCUCCGGCAAACAGUACUCCAGCCGCACCCGCGCUUUCCUCCUCACCGUCGCCCCCCUUGACGAAUCUGCCAUCGUUGCCACGUUGAAAGACCCCAAAGGCGCCAUAGAAGAGGCAACCAAGAAGACGAAUGCGGCUAGAGAAGAGCAAGCCCGGAGCACCAAGAUCAUACGUAUGGUCGGCAUCGGGGCGGGUGCAGUCGUCGGGGGCGUCCUCAUUGGCGUUACUGGCGGCCUCGCCGCACCCGCUGUGGGUGCAGGGGUGGGUACGGUGCUUAGCUGGCUAGGGGUAGGAGGUACUGCCGCUGGGAUGCUUGCCACCGGGCUCGCAGGCUCCUCGGUUGUAUGCGGUGCACUCUUCGGGGCUUAUGGGUCGACGAAAACCGCCAUGGCCGUCAAAGGGUACACCCGUGAAGUGCGAGACUUGGCCAUCAAGCCGGUGCGUCAACCACGGGACACCAUGGCAGUCAGACUUUGUAUCUCGGGCUGGCUUGAAUCGCCUCAAGAUGUCACGGCACCUUGGACCGUGUUCAACGGGGACGAUACGUUCGCUCUCCAAUGGGAAGUCGAAGAGUUGGAGAGGCUAUCGACGGCGCUCAUGGACCUUGUGAAGGCGCAGGCCAUGCAAUUCGUCAAGGGUGCCAUACUCAAGCAGACCAUCCUCGCGAGCCUCAUGACUGCUCUCUCUCCCGUAGUAUGGGUGAAGCUGACUAAAAUCAUCGACAACUCCUGGAUGAUCGCCCAGUCUCUCGCCCUCAAGACCGGCAAAGUUCUGGGCACCCUGCUCGCCCAACGCGCCCUCGGCGCGCGCCCCAUCACGCUCGUCGGCUACUCGCUCGGUGCGCUCGUCGUCUUCGAGGCCCUCCAGCACCUCGCCCGCCUGCCGCCCUCCGAGACCCUCGGCCUCAUCCACGACGUCUGCCUCUUCGGCGCUCCUGUCAGUACCGACUCCGCCCGGUGGGCCGCGGCGCGCCGUGUCGUCGCCGGACGGUUCGUCAACGGCUACGGGGCGGACGAUUACGUCCUCGCCGUUCUCGCGCGCGUUUCCGGCGCCGGCUGGAACGUCGCAGGACUCCGCCCGGUGGAGAUGCAAGGCGUGGAGGACUUCCCGUGUGAGGAGGUCGAUGGGCACCUCAAGUGGCGGGGGUAUGUUGGACAGGCUCUUGCGCGGUGCGGUGCGCCGGGCGUGGACAUGGUGCAGGUCCAGCUCCAGCUAGAGCGCAAGGCGGCGGAGAUCAACAAGGCGGUGGACAUGAGCGAUGAGGAGGCGGCGCGGGCGGUAGCGGCUGGGCCCGGGGACGCGGAGGGCAAAGCAAGAGUAGAAAAGUCCGUGUAA